AUGAAGUGCCGAAUAAAGUUUUGCGCAUCAUUAAUCCUGCUAGUGUUCUUAGCAGGGUUUCAAAGUGCCUCGGGACAGUGUACAAAUGAUCCAUACAGAUCUUUUGAUGGGACCUGUAACAACCUUCUGAAUCCUUCCUGGGGUGCAGCAAACACACCGUUUGUUCGGAUAUUAAACCCUAAGUAUGGGGAUGGAAAAUCUAGUCCAUCACUAGCAAAAGAUGGCAGUCAAUUACCCAAUGCCAGGCUACUUUCGGUUGAAGUGUUCAAGGAAGGUGUACAAAAUAGUCCCGAAUUUUCGCUAGUGAAUAUGCAAUUCGGACAAAUUGUCGCCCACGAUAUGGCAUUAACGCGUGGAGUUCGAGAUCCAGUGACUUGUUGCGCUAAUGGUCGAUUGCAGCCCAACCGGGGGGCAAGAUGUUUCGCCAUUCCCGUUUCAUCCGACGAUGUAAUGUUUACUUCUCGUGGAAUUGAUUGCCUGAAUAUGAUACGCACAUUGAAUACUUGUGACUUAAAUCCAACCAACUGCACUCAAGCUGAACAGCUGAACCUCGUCACUUCGUUCUUGGAUCUAUCGGUAGUGUACGGAAACUCUCUUGAAGAGAGCACGCUGUUACGCGAACCGAACACAGGUUUGAUGAAGGUUGAGCAGCGCGUCGGACAGGAUUGGCCGCCAAGACAUCCGAAUCCAAGCACCAGCUGUAGCUUAAGGACACCGGCAGAGGCCUGCUAUCUCACCGGUGACGCUCGUGCAAACCAAAGCCCACAUUUGGCAAUGCUCCAAACUACGUUUGUGCGAGAACACAAUCGUAUCGCGCAGCGGCUUUUAGUGUUAAACCCCACCUGGACAUCUGAGCGUGUAUUUCAGGAAGCUCGUCGCAUAAACAUAGCGCAAUAUCAAGACAUAGUGUACACGGAAUGGCUUCCGAAUUUUCUCGGUCGAAGCUAUAUGCUCGAGCGGAAACUGAUAUAUCAAAAUACGAGUGCAGUCAAUGACUAUGAUGCCACGUUUAUUCCAAUGGUGAUCAACUCACAUACGACAGCAGCCUUCCGCUUUUUCCAUUCAUCCAUUCAGGGCACGCUUAAGUUGCACGAGGAAAGUCGACAAUCGCUUAGUAGCAUUGACAUCAACGAUCACACCAACAAUCCGACGAUACUGGAACAAACAUCUAGUCGCUUCGCAGAUUUAUUGCGUGGUAUGACUACGCAGCCAAUGGGACAAAACGAUAUUAGUCUUGACCCGGCCACCAAACAUUUCCUGUUCCGGUUCAAUAACAUGUUCGGCACGGAUUUGAAAGCGUUGGACAUUCAACGUGCUCGUGACCAUGGUCUCCCAGGAUAUAAUGAUUUCGCAUUCUUGUGUUUGAAUCAACGCGCUACAACGUGGUCGGACCUUAACCAAGUAUUGAUCCCAGAAGCGAUAAAUCUUCUCAGCGUUUAUUACAAAUCGGUAGACGAUCUGGACCUGUCCGUUGGAUUGGCAUUUGAAAAAAAGAUAGAUGGCACACAAACGGGAAUGGUUAUGCGAUGUAUCCUAAAUGAGCAGUUUAAACGCACCCGUAAGGGUGACAGAUAUUUCUACGAAAACGGACUGCGAUUCACUGCUAAACAACUGACGGAAAUUCGUAAAUCAAAUAUGGCCAAAAUUUUGUGUGAUACAUCCGUAAACGUUGAUCAAAUGCAACCGGCGGCGUUCCUGCUUCCUUCUAGCACUAAUCAACUGGUACCAUGUAGUACAUUGCCCACUCCGAAUCUUAGAGAGUUUUAAGAGUUGAUGAGAAGAUUAUAUGAGCAUGUCGAUGAUUUCACAAUAAAUGUGUAGAUAAAUGUUUAUCCAAAUAAAAUUAUAGAAUCCCCUUAAUGCAGGUAUUGAAAAGAAAACAU